UUCUCUACAGCAAUACUGAGGCAAAUAGAAAAUGCGGCAGGUGCCAUUUUCACACGCAUGGGUGUAGAAGUGAGGUACUAAUAGUUGAGGAAAGAUGGACGGUGUUCAUUUAGGAAUUUCAUCCACAAUACAGUACAAGCAAACACAGCAUAUUUCCUUGUCAUUAGCGAGGUCUCCCCCCAGCUGCUAGACUACUGAUGGGACUCUGACUCUGACAGUACAGACGGACCCAACGCGACCGCGACACAACCAUCCCUCCUAAAACGGAAUAUGCGUAAACGCGCGGCACAUUUUGGGGAGAGACGCCGCACAGUCACAGCAAGCGACUAAUGAGACAAUAGCCUAUUUCUCACCAUCAACAAAAAUACAGAUCGUGCUUCGUGGUCGGUCAUCAUUCCAUCCUGUCUGGAACGUUCCGGGGUUUCCUUUUCGAGACCGUUCAUCCCCCCCCCCCCCGGUGUGAUAUUUGACAGGUCUCUUUGUUGGGUGGAGUCAAGUCCGGAAUUGUCGAUAUUGGAAUCAUCACUGGCAUAAUUUCAGGUCAUCAUCAUGAAGGACGGUGUGGUUAACAACAGCACAGCCAGCAUCUCCCACGCCAGGAAAGCUGUGGAACAGCUCAAGAUGGAGGCAUGUAUGGACAGGAUAAAGGUGUCCAAAGCAGCAGCGGACCUGAUGGCGUAUUGCGACGCCCACAUACGUGAGGACCCCCUCAUCGUGCCCGUGCCCGCCUCGGAGAACCCCUUCCGAGAGAAGAAGUUAUUCUGCACCAUCCUCUGAUGCCCAGUAGGGGGCAGACCAGCCUUAGGUCGGGCCCUGGUUCAGGCGUGGAAUAACGCCUGGCGUCUCCUCUUCUGUCUUCACCGUACCUGAAGCUAACAACACGCUGUGAACGUAACCAGGAAGUGACUGCCCUUUCAGCCUUGUAGUUUUUUAUUUUUUUUCUAAUGGUCUUCAAGUGCAAAAAAAAAACAUGAAAAUGUCCUUCAUUAAAAAAAUCUUCAUGAAAAGGCAUCUGAUAGAAGUAAAUUCAUCCACAAACAUGAAUAUAAUUAUACAUAUCACAAAUGCUAUGAUAUAAUCUUGAAGCCCGUUGAAAAGAUGGGGACAGUAAAGUGGAAGUGAUCAUUCCUUUCACAGUAAACUAACUUUACCACCACUGGCAUAACAUCUUACUUACUUACUUACUUACUUACUUACUUACUGUUGAAUUGAAGUUGCCAGGUACACACUUGUUGUUGUUGAUCAGCUCUGUCCCUAGAGGUUGAAUGGUUGGGUGGGUUAGAUACCUUUACAUCUGGCAACCCAGUAAGCUUGUUUGAGUGUAAAAGUCCGACACCAGUUAUUUGAGAAUUUUUCCCUUUGGGGAAAACAAUAUUCCAAGUAUAAAUACAUUAAAGUACAACAACAAAAAUGUUUAAAAGAAAAAUGUAGUUUUUUUUACAUUUACAUUUUCAUUUGCAUUUAUAUUUUCGUUUACAUUUGCAAAAUUCAAGAUGGUCUAAUGCAGCACUCUGUUAUCAGCACUCUGUUAUCAGCCUGCCCCCUUGCUUGAGGAAACAAUAGAGGAGUAAUUGAGGACAAAAAGAGAGGCACACCCCCAUACUGUCAUGAGGAUACCUGGAGAACCUUUUGAGAUAUACCUUUUGUUAAGUAAAUCAUGUGAUAAAUGAGGUUCUAGGGAGGCUGGAGUGGGUCUUUUUAAAGUCUCCUGGGUCUUUUUAAAGUCUCCUAUAUCUUUGAUAGGUUGGUUAUUAUUGUUUUGAUUUGCAAAAUUCUGGUAGCUUUCCUCAUAAAUGUGCAGGUUUUCCAGAAAUCCUGCUUGGAAGAUUCCUGGAGUUAUGAGAGGAAUACGCAGGAAAUCAGUAAUCCUCCAACAAUGAUUUCUGGAAAACCAGCGAAUUUGUGGGAAAGUUCCCAGAAUUUUGCAACCCUAUUGUUGCUUAUUUGUUGGUUGUUUGAGAACAGCCUUGAUUAGUGCUUGAUGAGAUUGUUUUAUUAUCAACGUGUAUUUUCUUUGAUAUUGCUAGAUGAUUUUAUUUACAUGUCUCAGGAAACAAACAAACAGUGGUAUUUUUUUAUUUGAUAUAGUCUUUAAUCUUAAAUGUUCUUUGAGUGUAUACCCAUAAUUUUGUAUAUAGCAUGUUAGUUCCCACUGUCCAUUUCUCCAUACCAACAUAGCGCCCCACCGAUACCAAUCUAACUACCGUUUACUGUAGUAUUAAACAUCCUGCCUUUUGACAGGUUGAUUAAAAUAAGACAAGUUUUUAACCUUUGCCAUAUUAUUUUUCUCUCAACACUCAAUACACGGUUCUAUUUUACAAUAUACACUUUUCUGAAUACAUACUCAAUACUAUAAACAAUCUAUACAGUAGCUGAUGCUAUGUGAGAUGCCCAGGUAGUGUUAGAUUUCAUUUAGAUUUCUUACAUUUUAUUUGUCUGGAAGUGCUUU